AUGAUACCGAACUUGGAAUGUCUUGUUAAACCUUCUUUAUUCUCAUCUUUACUACCAGAAAUACCAAAGUAUUGGUUGGAUACAUCAACAUUCCCAAAUAACUCAUCGUUUAGAAGAUCACUAGUAACGAAUACAACUUCUUCAGAGCACUUUUGCCCUGUUGGUCCAUUUUUGUGUGCAAACUUUAGUGAGGAUGGAGAUAUAUUUGCAGUUGCAACUUUAUCUGCAAUAUACCUUAUUGGAUCAGUGUCGAGAUCCUGUUUUGCAGUUAUUCCCUUAUCAAUUGAAUUCGAAAUGUAUCAAAAAGAGAUAUGUAAAUAUUCGGCAAUAAAAACAGUGACUCCUUGUAUAAAUCUACAAUUUUGUUAUAAUGAUAAAUACCUAAUAGCUGUUUUUACAAACAAGAUAAGUAUUUGGGAUAUUACUCUUGCAGAUGAAAUGUAUAACCAUCCUGGUAUCCCUUGUUUCAUAGGUAGCUUAACUAUAAAUCAGAUAUCUGAAUUUUUAACUUGUUUAGUAAAAAGGCAUGAAACUAAACAAUCAUUUGAAUUAUCAAGUUUCUUUGUAGACCUUUUACUUUCAAAUUUGCGAGCAAAGGAUAUUAACGUAAGAGAUUUAGAUUCUAAUUCUAAAACAGAUCUGCUUAAUAUAAACAUAGUAGAUGGCAUUAAAGUAGAUGAAAUUGGACAAAAUAUUAUACUUGAGCUUUAUAUUGGAAUUAUUGGGAUUCCACCUAUUUAUUUAAUGUGCAAAUUUGAGACAAUCUUAACUGGGAAUUCCCAUAAAUACUCAAGCAUAAUUCAAUUAAUCAAGGAAAUUAUUCCCAAUUAUAUAUUACAAGAAAAUAUCUUAGUAAAAAGUACCUCUGAAGAAAUAGAUACAUUUCCAUUUGCUAUAUGGAGAAAUAAAAAUGUAAAUCACAUAUUAGAUGCAAAUUCUGUUAUUAUUGCAGUAUACUUAACUAAACAAAGUUCUCUAAUAAUACUCAAUGAAUAUAGUGAAGUGUUAACAUCUCAUACUAUGAAAUUCUCAAGAAGAAAUAUCAAAUAUUCAUUUUAUUAUCAACUUAUAUUUAAUAAAAUUGGGGAUCUACUAAUAAUACAAAUAGCUGAUAGUUUUACUCUUUUUGCAUUAAAUAGAAAAUUUAAUAAUGAUCAAAUUCAAAAUUUAGAUAAAUGUAUAGAUUCAAAUAAUAAAACUAUACAUAAUAAUUGUUCUAAUAUAAGCUACAAAUUAAAUUUAAUAUAUACAUUUCAUCAAGUAGUGCAGAAAGAGUGGAUAGUUUCUAUUGCUUUUUAUAAUAGCAGAGAUCAAAUUGUAAAAAAUUAUAAUUGGACUGAAUUUAAGAAGUUAUAUAAUUCAAUUGAGGAGUCAUAUCCAUGUGGAUUAAUAGUUGUCUCAACUAAUAGUUAUAAUGGACAAUCAUUUUAUUAUAUUAUGGAAGUAUGUAGUAAAUCUAAAAUGCGUAAUAUCAAAUUAGAUAAUUCACCAUAUUCCUGUAAUCAUACUCAUACAGAUCAUUCAGGUACUAAUGCUAUAAUUUGGAAACUUGAAAUUUCUAGAUUACAUGGGUUUAGAAAGCUUAUUUGGCAACCUGGUCAUCCAAUUUGUAUAGCACUGCAAUUAUUUGAUAAAUUAAAGUCUGGUAGAGUACUUUAUGAUGAUUUGAUUGAACAAUAUUCUAUUACUUCAAUAUCCAGACAAAAAGAUACAAGUAUCUUCUUAAAUAAUAAAUAUGGAAAUAUAAUCUUUAUUGAACCAUCAUAUAUAAAUGAAAAGUAUUUCUUAUGGUCAAGAUUUAUGCCUGGAUUUACUGUUAUGGAUAAAAAUAAGGAAUAUAUUGAGCCAGAACAAGAAUUUGACAAUACAAAGGAAAAAGAUGAGAUUGAACUAGCUAAAGCUCAAACAAAGUGGCAAGUGUUACUGAAAUCUUUAAAUGAACAUACUUUCGAAAUAUUUAUUAAUGGAGAAAAAGUCCAAUUACCAAUGCCAUUACCAGUUAUGAGAGAUAAGUGGUUUCUUUUAAAGAAAUAUCCAAGAACUCUUGUUGGAAUGGAUUUGGCAACACAGCUAGUAAUUAAUGAGAAUAUCAAUCAUAGAGAUCACCCAGAGUAUCUAGAUAAUUUAGAUUUAAACUUUAAUAGUAAUUGGCAAGUAGGGAUGUGUAAUUCUACUGAGAACAAUGUUACAUGGCUAGCCAGUAAUGAUGAAUUGAAGAUAUAUAGGAAUAUACUAGCCUUUGGAGAGAAAUACAAGUAA